AUGGAGGUCACUCAGCUGCAGAAGUCCCUGCGGGGGCUCUCUGGGAAUUGCUGUUCCUUGAUCCAGGAUCAGGCUCGAGAGUUGACCCGCCUGCAGCAGAAGAUGAGGAUAGGGAAAGCCGUCUCUUCUCAUCUCAUCCAGCAUGUCAAGAACACAAUGAAGAACUUCGAGGAACUGCUCAGCAGCAGCAAAAUUGACCACUACAUGGAGCAGCACUUCCGUGAGCAGCUGGCCAAGGGCAGCCAGCUGGCAGAGAACCUCGCCAGCAAAUUCAGCACGGGUGACUGUAAAAGCAAGAAGGAUGCAGCCACAGAGACGCAGCAGACCCUCUGCAUUCUGAGGGACCUGCAGAAGAGGAAAGCCAUGGGGUACCUGCAGCGCCCACAGGGUGCCGGGCCCCAGAUCCCCGCGGGCGGCCAGGCCCAGCCUGCCAGGCAGCCCCCGCCGCCUACUCAGCAGCAAGCACCCGCUGUGGGGGACGCGGCCAAUGUUGGCCCAGCCACCCCUGCCGAUCCGGCCUCACUGCCCAGCAACCCCUCGGGGGCCUCAGCGGCUCAGCCCUUCUCCGACCGAAGUGACGCACCGGAAGCUGGGCGCUGCCGCAGCUGCAGUCCCUGGGAGGAGAUGAGGCCUCAGAAAAUGAAUGCAGCUGGGGACCUGUCCUCCUUCUCCUCUUUGUACCGCCCCAGCUCCAAGCCCUCCGGGGCCGACCUGCUGGAAAAGAAUCUUACCGAGAUCCAGAGCCUGCGCCAGCGCCUGGAGGAGUCGGUCUGCAUCAACGACCGCCUGCGGGAGCGGCUGGAGCUCGUGCUCAGCGCCAGGGACCACGGCAAAGCUCUGUGCGUGCCGCAGCACCUCCCUCCGGCUCUGCGCCCGCCCGCCCGGUCCUCUCCGGCCCCCGGCGGCGUCCAGGCCCUGAGCGGCUCCUUGUGGCUGGUCUGGAACCCACGUCCUUCCUCUUGCGGCUGCAGAAUGCCCCGGGAGACGCACCCCUGGGUUUGUGGGAACCCAACACGGCGCCGCCGAAACUCCCUGGACGCCGGCAAGCGGCCUCGACGGGUGGAAAAGCAGGCGGCGGCCACCUGCCAGUCACACCCGCUCCUGCGCCCGCCCGGCGGCGGGAGAGGCAGGGGAGCGGCUGGCGGGGAGCGGGUCCUGGGGAUCCUGGUGCCCUAG